AUGGCGCGCCAGCUGCCGCCUGCGCUGCUGCUGCUGCUGCUGCUGCUGCUGCUCCAGGGCUCCGCCGCUCUCCCCGCGCGCCCCAGGGCUCGGCGACACUCGGACGGGGUGUUCACCAGCGAGCUCAGCCGCCUGCAGGACAGCGCCAGGCUGCAGCGCCUGCUGCAGGGCCUGGUGGGGAAGCGCAGCGAGCAAGAUACGGAAAACAGCCCAGAGAACAGCUCGGCUUGGUCCAAGCCCACAGAGGGCCAGCUUUGCCUGCUAUGGUCAAACCCGCAGGCCCGGCUGCCCCUCAGGCCCCCCUUGGAUGACGCUUGGUCUCCCUGGCUGCCUCCUGGAUCGAAGCCUGCCUUUGCUGUUUCAGAGUGGACCAAAGCAACCAGACAGCCCAGAUAAGGAGGAAGAUGGUCCAGGAGCCCGGCUGGAGGGGGAGAAGGGGUCGUCCUUAGUAUCAAUAAAGAAGGAAUGUAGACUGG